UCAAUUUCUAUUCAUACCUCAGAUAAAAAAGGGUCUUUGCAGUUUAGUUAUUUUAAUACUUCUGCUAUUUGAAAAAAAAUACAGUUAAUUGAUUUGCUUCUCUAAUUAUUAUUGUGCAUCAGAGAUUCAGCUUCAUCAGAGGCCAAAAUUCAUUGACCUCUUGUUAAAACGCGGACCGAUCCUUUCCUUCUCCCCCUCCUUGGCGCUUGGCAAGUUGCCUGACAAUGUGAGAGAAGAGAGAGGAGAGAGAGUUUUGAGUUGAGAUUGAAGUUCAGUUGGUAUGAACAUGAACGCUGUGCUGGGCGAGUGGUGUGUCUCAUGACUCAUAUCCGAUGAUUUGCAUUAAUUUGCCUCCGCCAUGGACAAGGAAAAGUCUAUGUCAACAAGGUCUAUGUUAUGUGGUAGAAUAGUGAACGACAUUCGCGUAACAGGGCAACGAAUUGCGCUGCGGCUUCCAGUUGAAAAACCACUUCACUGCUCUUCAGUAUAAUAUAUGAAUUAUGGCAACUUGCUGCAUCGCCUGCAUCUCAUUACUUCUAAUCUUGGCCUGCUCAAAAUCGGACGCCGCUGACAGUAUCUGUGGGGUUGGAGAGCUAAAUGAAACCACCAAAGCAUAUCCUUGGGACGUUGAGCUUGUUCAGGCAGAACGUAAAUUCAGCUGCCCUGCCAAGAUAAUAUCCAACACACAAAUCUUGGCCCCUAGCAGCUGCGUUCUCAAUUACGACGACUUUGAAGUUUACAGUCCUGCUGGAUAUCCUCUUUCCAAACUCACCAAAGGACUCACGCGGGAUAAAAACUUUUACGGAAAUGGAGUAACAUUUCGUUCGGAAGAAGAAAUGGAUAUGACGGAGUAUAAUAUGCAACCAAUUUGCGUCAUAAGAACACUAGACUCUGCCGUGCAUCUUGUAAAAUAUAUUAUUUCUGCACAGGAUUUUUCUGUCUUGUUUCCUGAAAAUGGUGCAACAAGCCAGAUUGAGAACGCUUUUUCGGAAAGUGAAACAAAAUGCAUGUGCAAGUCGGGAAAUAUGAGGAGCACUAGAUAUGACACUUAUUUUUGUGUUGGAGAAGUAGGAAGUAACGUGACAUUGGACACAAGCAAGAGUUCCUUUUUGAUUGGCAAAGACGAAAACGACAAAUAUUAUCUUUGGGGAAUUAGCCUGAGUGAAAGUCGCAAACCGUGCAAAAAAAGUGACGGCUAUUUCCGAAUGUGCUGUGCAUAUGAAAACUUCAACAAUUCGGUGCAAUUUCUAUCAACCAACUCCAAUCCAACUUCAAAUACCGACACCCUGAAUGACAAUCCACCUUACGAUUGGAAACUUGCUUUCGUAGUCAUAUUACUGGCAUGUACUGUUGUAUUAACAAUUGUCGUAUGUUGUUUGAAAAGAAAGAUCUUGUUUCUGAGAAAACGAUUGUGGAUUUCCCAAAAUUAUCCUCAUAAUCAUGCAAGGCCAGAAGAGGUCGCCGAGUGCUAAGAAAGGAUGUAAGAGUAAUUCAAUUUCACCCUCGCCCUAAAAAUUUUUUACGUUCUAAGUUUUUGACGCAUACCUUUUUUUGAGAGCUUCUAAAAAUGGAGUUUCUGAUAGUUUAAUAUGCAAAAAUAAAUCAGCUGCAAUAAGUUGCAAAUUAUAUUUUUAAAUGGUAUAAUGUUAUGAAAUAUUGUUGUUUAUUCGCCACAAUUGAAUACUAAUUUUGAGGAAAAAACUUUCAUGAUGAGCGUUUUAAAUUUAGUCGCUGCUUUAUUUCAAAUUCUGUCACAAACGGGAGGCGCGGAUCAAACAAAUCUGCCAAACACAAUUAUUCCGCUCAACAAAAUAAUUAACGUUGAACUUUCCGCAUUUCUCCAACAAUCUCAGAGAUAAAGUUAAAAUUAAGAAAACAAAUUCCACUUUUUUUUAUCAUUGUGCAUGUAUUGAAGUUGAAUUGUAGGUUUGCUGUGAGCAUGUUUAAUUCCUCUUCGAAUUUAUAAAUUCGUUUUUCAUUGAUUUUCCCCACCGGAUUUUUUGUGCAUGGAACUCAUUUAAAAUGAAUAUAUACUAUGUAGUGGAAUAUUGAAGAGCAGAAAAAUUACAAUAAAAAAUGCUUAAAAUGGCGGUAAACAAAACGACAUUAACUGAUUUUAAUUUGGAAUUGAAUUUUAUUGCGCUUCAAAUUUGGCUAAAAUAUAAUAUAUAUUUUACAGGCGCAAAACACAGUAAUUAAAGGUUGUUAAAAAUCUUGUUUAUAAAAUAAUAAAGGCGGAAGAUAUAAUUAUAAUGUUAAAAGUGUGCUGUUCAUUAUAAAAAAAUAAUAAUUAAAUUUUUUGAUUGUAUUAUUCUGAUGCGCGAAAUGCCGCAUCUGAUGCUGUGUUGUGCAAUAUAAUGACAGAUUUAGACAUUAGAGUUUUUCUAGACUGAUACAUAUUUUUUGAAACAUUUAACUUCAUAUUUGUAUGUACCAUAAAUCUGAAUGAUCGUAAAAUAUUGCUCAUCGAUCAACAUUUAUGAUGUCAAUAAAAAAAACUUUAUUAUUAUUUACGUCUUAUUUCAAUUGAAAUUAUAUUCGUAGAACACUUUGCAUUUCCAAAAAGCUGACUUUAAGGUUUUUACACACGCAUUUAAUUAGGCGGGCAGAAAAAUUGCCAAUAUGGUUUGCGAAUAAAAAAUAUACUUCAGAAGGGUAAAAGAGUGUCUUGACUUGUCAUGACAUCAUGCACACACAAAUUUGUUAAUUGGACGCGGAGACAAUACCAGACCUUAAUAUGAUGUUUCUCUCUCGCAACUGAUGUUCAUGUGUCACUUCAAUCUUUGCGCGACUUCCUCUGCUCUUUUAUUGCUGCGCUGAAGAAAAACGGAUGAGAUCAUCACAUUAUUAAAUGAAGCUGUGUUCGUUAAAAUUCAUGAUGCUUGUCAAAACCACGCACCGCCAACCGCUCACACUCCCAAAUAUAUUUAUUUUAAUUCUCAGAUAAUUGUUAGUGUGCGUGUGUUUUUUCUGUUCAUAUUAGUGUAGAGUAGUGUUUUGUUUGUGUUGCCAAAUGUUUCUCGCACAGUUUCAGUAAAUCCACGGAAAAAACCUCUUAAAAAAAGAUUUAUUUUACUUGUUGCCAACACUGGUAGGCAGGGACAGCAAUGAAUAAUCGUCAUUUUAUUUGAUUGAAAUUAAAAAAUCACACUUUUAAUUUAAUAUUUCUUUCUGGGCUCCCAUAAUUAUAUAUGCUAACACAUCGCUGAAAAAAGUUGCUCGAAAAGGGUCGAGUUCUGGUCUGGUUAGAUAUUUUGCAUACGUUUCAUUUAUCGUAGAGGCUUGAAUGCUGCAAACAUUGUCACUUUUUUCAAGGAAUUGCGCGCUCCACUCGUUUUUUUUUUUUUUUUGUUCGUAGUCGGCGGUAUUUUGUUCCGUUGAUCUUAUUUCAAUAUACGUGCUCCUAGAAUAUCAAACAAAUUUCUAAACGCUAAAUAAAUUUUUUAAAUUAAUUAACUCCAAGCUGUAAUUCUAUUUUAUCAAGUCAUUUGGAAAAUAUUUUUGACAUAGAGUUAUCUAAUUGUAAACAAAAUUUAAUUGGGACGUACAUAUAACUCCGAUGUUUUUAUUUUUAGUUGCGAAUUUUUAAGCCAAAAAGAACAAAAAGUCAACGAAAAUUAAAACUUAAAACGCGCAUAUACGUCACAUUAAAAGAAUUGUGCACAGGCGUUGCAUCGAUGUAAAAACGGCAGCGGCCCCUUUGCAUGUUUUAAUUUCCACAUACAGACUUUUAUUAACACAGAGAGAUGGAAAUUCUAACAGCUAGGAUUCCAAAAGGGAAACAGAAUAAAAUACAGAAUAAUAUUUUAUAUUGCCAAUAAAAAAUUUAUAUAAUCUUUAAUUACCAUUUUUACUAUAGAGCAAUGUGGAGUUCCCUCUUGAGAAUACUUUUAGAUCAAAUAAAUCGAGGGCCUCGUAAAAAAGUAUCACAUCUGAAAUUUAAUUUUUGUGUUUUAAAAGUUGGUCGUCAACUCGUCAAUCCCUGUCUAAAAAUCUAUAACAUUCCGUGAUGUACUGUUGUAAUAUUCGCAUGAAAUAAUAGCGCGUUUCCAUCUGGUGUCAGAGGCCGAAACUGUUCACUUGGCGCGAAUGGCGCUCUUCCUUUUUCGUCUUACAUAUCGCAGCAGGUACGUGUGCGUCAAUUUUCAUCCAAAAAAUGAAUCAUUUUAUUUUACAUUUCAAAGUGAAUCUUACUUUCAAUCUCCGCAAGUGAAAUCCUUAGAAAUUUUCAUUUAAAAUUCAUUUUUUUGAUUUAAUCAUCUUAAUUCUGACAUUCAAAGCUGGCGAUAUACAACAAAAGUAUUUAUUUUCGUAAUAUCGUGAGUGUAGAAUCAUGACAUCAAGAAAAGAGUCUUUUUUCCUGCGAAGGAUCAUCGCUCAAUUGCAAGAAAUCCCUUAGGUUUCGGACACGCACCUGCGGAACAUUUUUACUUUGAUUUAUUUUAAAACUCGCUUAAUUACAUAUUGAAAUGUUUAAUGAAUGGUUUAAAACCGCGAUUGGUAAAUUUACGACCUUUAUUUUCUCUCAGCCAUGCAAGGGGGAAGGCAAUCCAAUUUCCAUAGCCUGAGUUGCUCUUUCUCACUAUCGCUGCACAAUCCUGUUUGGGCGCAAUUCUCCUUUGCAUCACUAAUCAAAUACUGUAAGCCGCGGGCUGUAAGGAAUAAGGAAAUGCAUUUUUUAGAUCAUAAUAUUUAAUUUUAAUAUAUAUCUAGUUAAAAAACUCUCGUUAAAAAUGGACCCUAUAGAUUAAUAUACAUGCAAAUAUUUACGCUACAAAAUACUGAGCCGCCCGUUUUGUAAAAUGAAAAAAAUUAAAGCGCAGCUUAAUAAAAUAAAUUAUAUUUACCAAAGACAAAAAAUUUGUAAUAUCCGUCUUCUGAAGGGUUUGCCUCGUAGUACCAACUAUCCUGGAAAGAAUUUGAAUGAGCCUCAGCACUGGCCACCGUUUGAUUCAACUUGAGGGAGAAAAACAAGAAACGGUCACCGCUCUGCAAGAUUGCUCUGCCCAAAUCAUUGUGCCUGAUGCUCCAAAGGUCAUCGUUUGAAGAUCCUUGGCCAACCGAGGUCACGGCGGACAAUCCGUCGUCAACCAACACAUCUGGCAGAACUCUGAGGGCCUCACCGCUCAAACGAUUGAUCAACCUGCAGCUUGAAGUGUCAGCCAGAGUGAAGUUUUGAGCCCACUUCGGAGCCUCUUGGAUUAUCUUCUCGCACAUUUGCUGGUCAUCAACGACCUCUUGGGCAUUUUCCGCCGUUUUCAGAAACUGAGACACCUGCGAGAGAAUGAUACCCGUGGAAGGCAAAUGUGACAUAUUUCUUUCUCGGAGGUACGACCAAAGUUCGUUUUGAGUCCUACAGUGGUUGAAGCCGGUCAGCUGCGAUGUUGCGGCGAAGCCUUGUUUUACGUAUUGUCCAGUCACGGUAACUUUGAUGGCGAAACGCGUAAUUUCCUCAAACUGGCCUGACCGAGGAGAAAAUGAGUUCGAUUCGAGAAUGUCCAGCAACAUGUUUCUGGUGCACUCUGUCAGUUGAUUCUGAAACUCUGUGUCUGCUACUUCUUCGCUCUGUCUCUGCAGUCGACGAUAAGCAGCAUUAAUUUUCUUGAACCAAGGACUGCACUGCAUAGUGUAAACAUUUUCCGGAAUCGCUUCUUUGAGAAUGGGCAAACGGAUCAAGCUGGACAGAUAAAACUGCAGGGUCUGACAAGGAGUCAAGGUUUGGUUGCUGUAAUUGAUGAGCUGGUCGUAAGCUAGUUGAAUUUGGUUGCAGUAUAUUUCCUCGCCACGCAAGAAGUACUCGACAUAUUUGGCCACGCUGGAAGUUUCGUUCUGCACGUAUGGCAGGUAGUAAGAGAAUAUUUCAGGGAGGAAACGAUUGAAGCUUCUAAGCACCGCCAUCAGUGUUGCAAAUCGCCUCGUCUUGAGGCUUGGCCGAGAUGAGAAGGAAACUUCUGACACGGCCUCGCGCACAACAAGCUCCUUCGCAACGUUCAAAUCGAUUAAGAGUGAUAACAUUUCGUUUUGCUUUGUAGCCGAUGGUUCGAAAAAGUUGCCACUAUCGAUAAAGCCUUGCACCCCUAUGAUGAUAUAGAAUAUGUCCUCGGGAUAUUUAUUGAACUGACCUUUCGUUUUCAUCAACUCAAAGAUGUGUCGAUACACUUGUGUCGACUUUGCAGCAGACGCAAAAAUCAAAAGAUGGGGAACUUGUCGACGCUCCAGUUGCUCGUCAAUCACUUCACUUAUGACCAUCUUUGCAUAUUCCUCGUGAUUCGGCAGACUAAGGAUUAUCUUCCCCGCUUCAGUGGCACCGCUUGGAUUCAAUCGUAUCUUACUUUCCGCUAAUUUAAUUUGCAUCCUUACUUCCGACGGAAUUAUUUGUGCAGCAGAAGUUGUGCUGGCGACCUUUUCAGUAGUAAUCUCUACUGUGGUCGUUGCCACAGUGGUUUUUUGUGUUACAAUGGGAACGAGUCUAUCUUGUGGAGGCUUUACUGGAGAAUUGUAGCCCUCAGUUGUUGAAGAUUGUCUGACAGUGUCCAAACCAUCCUUGUAGGAGUUUGAAUUUAUAUUUAUAACGAUGGUUCCACCACCACUUCCCCUGACAUUAUUAAUUUUGGAUUGCAAUGCAUCGUAGAGCCUUUUUAAUUCCGUCUCUUCUUGAUUAAGUUGGUUCACAUUUGAACUUGUAGGUAUGGAAAUUUGUAUUUCCCCUGUAAAAUGCGGUGAAACUUUCAGAAUUAUCUCCUCUGAAUCGGGAACAUCUGCGAUUAGCCGUCCACCUAAUGGUCCGGUGCCCUGGCGCAAUGGUUCAAUAAGGCUGGCGUUGGCUAAGGUUAAGGCGGCCAGUAGAGUUGAAAAAGCCAUAUUAUUUAACCUCUCGGAGAAGAUUCCUUUAAAAAUAUUUAAAUUCAGUUAUAAAUAUUUGUUGAUUGAAAUAAAGGAAAGGUGCCCAAGUCCUCGCUAUAAAGGGAGUACUGAUUGAUUUUUUUGGAAAAUCAAUUAUGCGGGGAAAUAUUAUAUUAUGGAAGUGCUGAUGAAAGGUAAAAAUAUUGCCUCUAGCCGGCGUGAAAAAUAUUCGCUUCACCUUUACUUCACCUAUAUUUCUUGUUGACAGCCAUGCCCUUCUAUAAUGACUUGUCGCCGCGCAUACAAAAUUCUCGCUCUGCGUUUCUCAUGUUACCUACCAAUUUCAGUGCUUUUCAUGCUCUGGAAAUUAUACAGGUAGAAAUUGAACCGCGCAGUUUGAUUUGUAUUUCCAAGACAAAGCAGUUUUGUUCAAAAUGAUUUAGUUUUUAUUUGCAUUUUUUUACUCAUUCUGCUCAUAUUUUCUGAGCGAGUAUGUGUAUAAAAUUUUAAUCAUCAUAUAUUAUGACGGUAUAACUAUUUAAUUUUUAAUUUAUUAUUUGAUUGUCACGGUUUGUAAAAGGCAUUUCUCAUUUAUCUAGCUACUCACAAUCAGUCAAAUUAACACGCACCGUUUUUGCAAGGAUCCGCCGGCGCCUUGGGGUCUGCUCGUCUGCUAUGUGAUGCGAAAUUUCAGUACUUGUGGUAUUUUUAUAUAAUAUGAACAUUGAUAGAUUAACUAAUAGUAGUAUUAUUUCAAUUUUAUUUAAGUUAAAAAAACGGAGCAGCAUUAUGUAGCGAUCGUUACAUCGUUAUCAAUUUAUUAAAUUUAUAAUAUUUAAACAGAGUUAAAAAUUUGUAAAUAAAUAAAACCUUUUUUUAAAUCUGUUGCCCAUUAAAUUUUUCUCGUGAAAGUUUUUGUUUGAAAAAAAAAAUACAAUUAAUAAAACAUUUUUUUCCAGAGGAUGAAGACGUUUAUGAACGCCUCCUUGAGUGCCAACUGCUUCACUCGAAUAAAUUCUCUCUCAUUCCCUUCAAGUCGGAUUGGUUAUUUAGUUACAGAGACUCAAAAAUUAUACAUUGAAUUUUAUCAGUUUUUUUUUAUAUAAUUUUCUCAAUAUUUGCCAAACGACCGGGCAAUUAAUUUUGACUCUUCUAUAUGAAAAUGUUAUAUAAAAAAAUCAUCCCUUUUCAAAUUAAAAAAAAAAACUUAUUUACAGCACUUUGCAAGUAGCAAUUUUCACGCAAAAAUUGAAAAUGUCCACCAUAUAUAAAUGAAAUUCAAUAAAAUAAUAAUUUUAAUAUAUUAUUAAGCAUAAAUAAAGGCAAAUUUGAUUAUAAAAAUUUAAAUAUAUACAUGAUCAGAAUACAGCAAAUGAGUUAGAAACUUAAAUAAGAGUGCCUGAGCAGCGAGACAGACUUCGACGCGCGCCCGAAUCAUCAAAGUUUGUAAGCUGCGAGGUGAUGACAAAUAGCACCCCCGCCUCCAGCAACCAAUAAAACCAACAAUAAAUUCGGCCGCGGCGCAUUUUCCUUCACAAUCGUUGAAGCCCUGGAACGACCUUCAAGACUAUUCCUCAAGCAAUUUUCCCUCCCUCUGCAUGGAGCAUUUAUUGUGGCAUUAAUUCAAGAUUUAAGAUUUUAUAAUGCUCUUAUUUUACUAAAGGUUUACCGCGGCGCCCGAGUCUCUUUUGAUAUCGGGUGUUUUAGCAAACAUCUGCUAGUUGUGAAGCCUUUCUUCUCUUUUUUCCAAUUUAAAUUUUUGUAUUGACCGAGAAGAAUAUUAAAUAUAAAAAUUAUUUAUAGCAAAAAUAUACUUAAUUGACUUUCAAUUUUCAAAUAAUAUUUGUGAAAAUAUUUUAAAAUUCCCAAUGCAUAAUUUUUUGAAAUUAGGGAAGCAUGACUGUGUGAGGGCUGGCGACAAAAUUCAUAAGGAAAUUAAAUAUACGAGAGAAUAUUGGAAGAGACGUAUGCGUUGCAUAGGUCAACAGGAAAUAUUGGUGAAGGUGAGAGGAAGAAUAUUUUUCUCGCCGGCUCAAAUUUUGAAGUCACAUCUGCACUUAAAUUAUAUUUUUUUCCCAAUUUAUGCUCGCUUACAAAAGAUUUUCCGAUAAAAUUAAGUAAAGGGUGUUUUAAGUGAUUAUAUUUUCCGCCAAAAAACGUUAUAACUACAUUAUUGGGCAUCUUUCCUAUAAAUAAAGAUUGAAAUUAUAUUUUUUACCUGAAGCUUUUUAAGUCAAAUUUGGAUAUUUGCACUUUCCGCCUGGCCGAUGCCCACUUUGUUAAAUUCAAUUGUGGCAAGAUAUCUUCUCGACUCUAUCGAAAGCACUGAUCCCUCUCCACUCUUGUUUGAUUGGCACGGGGAAAAAUUUAACUAAAGCUCUGCAACGAUAUUUUUACCCUUGCGCGGCCUUGGCAAAAAAGAAUUCAGGAAAAACCGGUGUGUGCUCCACGCUGAGAUCGAGCUCAGGUUGUUUCUUUUGCUGUGGGCGAACGAGCUGGAAGAUUUUCAUCGUUUUCACAGAGUUCAUCAGACUCUGCUCUUUCAACAGCUGCGCCCAAAUCGUCGUUGUAAAUAGCAAAAAAAAUGCUUCGGCGGAUUCUGCUCUCGGCAAUAAUAAUAAGCGGCCUAGCGCUGGGGCAAAAGCAAAUUGUAAAUAAAACGCAGUGCAAAGUAAAUGAGUUCCUGUACAUCGCGCAGCCCGAUGGGGAGAAUUUGAGCUACAAAGAGUGCGGUCUCUUGGCAAAAGACGUCGUUUCUCGUCCUGGUCGUCCUCCCUGGACAGUCAGCGUGAACUACGGUGACUGCGAGGCCAUCCUCAUUUCACGGCGCUGUGCUCUCGUUGUUAAAAAUGAGUAUGACCUUUGUGACGAUAAAACGCCACAAGAUGAGCUUGACAUGGUAGCACACCUGGGCUCGUGCAUUUCAAAACCUGCGAGCUGCAGCCCAAACGACGGAUUCAAAAUAAAAGUGAUUCAGGUGCACAGACUCUCAAAUUACGCGGUAGAUUCGAUUUUGAUGCUCGUCAUGAAUCCAGUGCCGCAAUUCAGCGCUCUGGCUAGGCCAAUUUGCCUGUUUAAUAAUGAUAAUUUGCGAGAUUUUGCUGAGCCUUUUGCAACGUCAAUACGGCGCCAAGCGAACAUGAAAAUCGUUGAGCGCCAAUUAUGCCUGCCUGAAGAACUUCCCUUUGACAAAUGUGCCCGCUACAGCUACUUGCUGUGCGGCUACACUGACCAGAAAGUCCAAGAAGAUGACCUCUUGCUAAAAGUUAUCAAUGAGCGAUAUUAUCUGCGAGGAAUUCGCGUGCCCAGUGUACAAAAAACUUUCUUGAAAUACCAAACAUAUCACGACGUGAUGAUUUUCCUUGAGAAAAUCGUAGAGCUCGCACCAGACAUUCACAUGCUGCCGAGAUCUCCACCGACUCAACACGCAAUAACAUUUGAUGGAAUCGAAAAGCUGAGUUUUCCCAACUGCGGCCUCGAACAAGAAAUGGAAAACUCUGAUCGAUCUCGUCGCAGCUCUUCUUUGUUUGAAGAUGAAGAAGAAGAAAUUGGGCAAGUGGCCGUGCCGCUUGUUUUCCACGGGGCUCCCCGCGGCAAAAGAAAACACCCGUGGCACGCUGCAAUUUCGUUCGAAAUGGGCAACGGAACGGUCAACAACUGCGGCGGCUCCCUCAUUUCACACCGCGCGGUCGUCACAGCUGCGCACUGCGUGUUCCACGACGGGGAACUGAUUUCUCCGCGAUACAUGCUGGUCACGAUGGGAAAAUUCAAUUUAAAAAAGAGCUUUGAAGCUUCUCGGCAAACUCUGCAGCCCAAUAAAAUUCUGCUGAGUCCCAUUUACAAUAACACUGCUGGAGAUUUUCGAGGAGACCUGGCCGUUCUCGUAUUUGCCCAAGACUUCAAUUUCACAAAAGACGUUCAGCCCGUUUGCCUGUGGAACGACGACGACGACAUUAAAAAGAUUGCAAACAAAACUGGAGAGUUUGUUGGCUGGGGUUUGACCGAGCACUUGACACAGCCCGACGAGUUGCAACAAGUCGUUUUGCCGAUCAAAUCGCACUUUCAGUGUUUCCUGCAAAACAGACCUUUUUUCUCAAAAUAUCUUAGGCCGGGACUCAGUUUCUGCGCUGGAUAUUCAAAUGGGACCGGAUUGUGCAAUGGAGACAGUGGAGGCGGUUUGAUGAUCAAACUGGGAGCAAGGUGGUUUCUGCGGGGAAUCGCCAGCACUUCUAAGGGAAAAGUGCAGCUGCUGCCUGGAAAAGAAGUACCUCAAUACAUUUGCGACACAAAUUAUUACUCGAUUUUCUCUGAUGUGGCUUACUACGUAAAUUGGAUAGCGCAAAAUCUACCCCAUGAAAUUUCUUUCAAAUGAGAUCAUUAGUUUAAUUGCAUUUAAAAUACUUAAUUUUUAAUUGCCAAACUUUGAAGUUGUUGAAUGAUAAACUUAAUAAAGGUGAUACAUUAAUAUAUUAACAUUCAGCUUUUGUUAUAUAAAAUUUUAAUUAAAAUUAGUUGAGGGCAUUUCAACAUUUAAAAUAAAACGUCGACUGCAUAUUUAUUAUAUAUUAAAAAAGACAAGACAUUUGUGCUGCCUUUGAGAUGUGAACAAAAAUAACAAUUAGAUUUUAGUAGGUAAUUAAUUUACGUCAAUAUUGAUUUGCAGUUUUCUUUUCCAUUUAUUUUCUCACUUCUCAAGUAGAAACGGAUGAAUUUCCUUAAAAUAUUGACUGAAUAAUACAAGUAAUUAAUGGAAAACUUACUUAAAUUUCAGCUUGGCACGUUUCAGUCUAUCACAACUAUAGUUGAAAAUGCAUAACUUUGAAAGAUUGCCAUCGAUUGGUCAUCUUUUGAUCAAACAGUUGAAAUUUAUAAUUUUUUUUCUGUAUUUUUUGAUCACAAAUUUAAUCAUAAACUUUGUCCGGCAACCUUUGGAGGCUUCGGCGCAUCACCUGCCGAUGGCUCAUGAGCCCUUUGGGAGAGGACCUGUCUGUGGAGAUUCUCAGGUGUGCCAAGUCGCAACCUAGGCUGUACAAGGCGGUGCUCGCCAACCUGGAGGGUCCCGGCCUGAAUUCAGGGUCAGGAUGAGGCACCCUGGCGAUAUCACCUUCUUCCCAAUGCGCCACUACGGGUGGUGCGGCGGCCUUGUCGACCGUGACGUCAGGUUCAAGGUGUGCACCGAACGCGACGAGUACCCAGACAAAAACCUCUUCUGCUCUGCCUGAUGCAAGUGGUGCACCUGGAAUAAGAACAUAUAUGUCCACACCUUCUCGAGAUGUGCGACUUGGACAGGGUGUGCAGACGCCAUGAGAAUUGUUGUCAUUGAUUUACUUCAGGGCAUUUCAAGGCGGAGCGUCACUACUGUUCUAUGAAACAAAUUAUUUUGCUUAUAAAGCAUUCUCUUUGUAAAUUUACUUAAAAUUAAACAAAUUAAAAAUACAAAAUUCAAGCCACAUUCAAGCUUGAUUAUUGUAUUUUUUAAUGUGCAAAUUUAAUAUAACUGACUUUACUGGACUUCCUAGGUUUUUCUAAUUUAAAUAUCAGAAAUUCUUUGUAAAUUAAAAUUAUAAAAGCAAGGGACUUUUUCCUUAAAAAGAUUAGAUUCUCAUUUGCAAUUUUUUCAAAAAUUUACUAAACCUUAAGUUUUUACUUGUUGCAAAUGCUGGUAAAAAGUUUCAAUAAGAAUAAAGAAUGACAAAAAAAAAAGAAAACUAGAAACAAUACCAAGAAUUUAAACAAAAUAAUUUGUUUUAUGGCCAUUAAAUUAAGCUACAUGAGAAUUAUCUUUAAACAUUGGGCACAUCUUCCAUUUGCUUUGGAAUUCUGCGCCACUUGGGCAGCACAUCGGCCAAGAGCAGCUGGUGAUGCUCAUUGUUUCUUGUGACAUACGCUUCACAGCACACUGUUUCCAGCCGAGGGCAGUUUUUAAUCAGAGUAGAUAGAAGCUUGUUGUGCACGUCCAGGGUCUGACACCACACUUCGUUGUCCUCGGGUUGCGGCCAUUUGAACUCAAACCUAGUCUUGAGGGAAGUCAAGUGAGGCAGCAGAGGUUCGGCGUGGUCGAGGAGGGCCCGUGGUUCAGAGAAAAGAAAGUGAAAGAGGCCGACAGUGUGGAGAUUGGGCGCCAGGAGAAGAUACCAGAAUGGCAAAAAUUGGUUUUCACCGCUGACAUCGGAGAUUUCUGUCAAUUUCAGGUCCUUCAACUUCAAUCUGGACGGGUCAACAGGGUGAAUCUGGUUCUCUUGACGAAAGUAGCCGUUCAGGUGAAGCUUCUCCAAGUUGGGACACAAGACCAGAAUUCGAUGCAAGUCGGUGUCGCCCCCUAAUAGGUCUUCAACAACAAUAUCCACCAGUCUGGCGCCCACCAAUGCCAGGAUCGGGUAGUCCUCAGGUAAGGAAGGCUCGUGCAAUGAUCUCAAAUGGGGAAGUCCAGAGUACACCAACAAGGGUUGGUCAGAACUUCCCACCUUUUUUAGUCCACUAAGGUGGGUGUGGAUUCUGCCGAGAAAGAAAAAAAUUAACUUUUUAAUUAAAAAAAACUAAAAGCUACUUGCCUUUGGAUAUUGCCACUGAUGUCCCUGACCUCUUCCAACAUGAAAGGCUGUGGUGGAUUCUUCCGGAUCAACAAGUCUGGCGGUUCAAAGAUUUCACCUGCAAAAAUGUGUGGAUUAUUUUAUAUCUUUCUUUUUGUCAAUCAAAAUAAAAAUGAAUAUCAACUGUAUACACCUCAGGGGGGUUUUUUUUAAUUGAGAUAAAAAUAGCUAGUUGCACUUGUUGAUAUCAACACAAUCUUUGGAUAGCAAAAGAAAGAGGCCAAGAAUUAUUUUUAAACUUUUGCAACUGAGGGAUGUGAAUUAUUUAAUCCCAUUUAAUUAUAUUAACAAAAGCAAAGUUCAUUACUUACUGCCAAUAUCAAUGUUCCAAAGGUGGAUGAAUCUGAGUUUGGGCAGCAAUUCAAAUAUUUGUUGAUGGUCCGCAGCUUUUCGAUGGUUCACUGUAGGUCCACUGAGAUCAUGAUGAUAAGCAGAGAAGCAAACUCUGUCCAGCAGAUGCAACUUUCUGAGCGAGAGUAUUCCUAACGUAGUCAGAUCCGGACUUCUAAUCAAACUAAUACUUGCGAGCUUGGUGCAACUCCUCCUCAACACUCCCAGAUCCUCUACAUCAAAAUUUUAAAUUUAAAAAUAAAGAAUUUUCAAAAUCAUUAUAUAUACUGUCGGUGAAUUUGAAUGUCGUAAGCUGCAGUUCACUAAGGUUAGGGAACUCGGCAAGGUGUUUGACAAUCAGGUGUCCAGGUCUCGGCACCUGACGAGCUCUCCACCUGUCGCGAAUGCUCCUCAAGUUGGGAGCUUUGGAGGCCAAACACUUCCAUGUUUCUUCAGAGUCCUUGCUGAGGACAGAGGGAUCUUUCUCGAUGAUGUUAAAGUCGAAGUUCACCAGGUCGGAAGUGAUUAGGAGCUUCAAAGUGGACAAGUCAGGCUGAAGCGAGUCUCUCUCCUCAAACGUACAACCAUCGUAAAAUUUCUACAAAAAAAUAUUGUUUAUUGAAAUAUAACAUAAUUGAGAGGAAAGGGUUUCAAUUUUCUUUUCAAUGGGCCAAAUACUUUAAAAAGAGUUUGUUAAAAUUUUUCGCCAAAAAUGAGUUGAAUAUGCUUUUUAAAAAAAAAAAAAAUAAUAAUAAUUUUUAAUUCCACACUGCAUGCGUGGAUAAAAAGCGAAAUUGAACAAUCGAACCUUAAGCUUGCAGAUGCCAUCUGGGUCAAGGUGCAGGCCAAGUUUGGGUUGUUUGUGACUAUCAGCAUCCCUGGGAAUCGAUUUUGUUAUGGCCUCCAGGAUUGCACACUUCGUUCUAGAGGCUGCAAAAAUUGAAUUGUGGUUUUAACUUGGCAGAUAUAAGUAGUGUUAACUUACGAAGGCAGUCGAUCAGGUUUGGGUCUAGUAUGGACAGGUUGGAGACGACGGUGCGCAUGGAUGACUCCUCUAAAGUCACCAGGUUCAGUCUCUGGGUUUGCAGCACCGUUGCCGCCCUGACCAGCUCGUGAGUGCUCGCCCGUCUUUUCACCAAGUCUGAAAUUCCAAAAUAAACGCUGUUAUUGCGGAUUUUAAAUCCUUUUUUAUGCACCAUAAAACUCUAUUUUUCCAUCUAGCGAAACAGGAACAUCCAUUUUCAAAGCACUUUCUCACGUUAUAUGCAUAAGAAGAAUUUUCGAACCAGCGAUAGAAAGAGAAAUUCCUCUUUAUCGAAAAAAAAUCUUUUUAUGAAAAGUUUUUGUUGUUGUGCAAAAAGUAAAAACAGAGAUUUUGCAGAAAUCCCAGAAAUCUGACAGGCGUGUGUAUAGAGACGAUUACAAUUCAUGUUUUGUGACAACUUAUUCCUUAAGCCGAAUCAGACAUUUUAAUGAAAAUAAGUGAGAAAAUAUAAAUAAUUUAAUUUCCUCAAAUAGUUUUUGUGCUUUUUAUGAAUCUUUUAGUCCGCUUAGAUGCGUUUUGAUGACGGCCAAUCCUUAACUCCGCUCUGCACACCCUCCAACUCACAGGCCUCUCACCAGAGGGCCAACCCGCAAGAAUAAAAUCAAAAUAAAAUUCUUUAACUGUAAUUACAAAUUAUUUAAUUCCAGAAGUGUUAAUUAGUGGUUAACAAUUUUGUUUGGAAAAACUGAAGUUACGUAUUGUAGCAAAAGUUAUUUACAACUUCUGAAUUCGUUUUAAGCCAAAUUCAAAUUCAUAAAUUUUUGCUAUUGAUAAACUUUUAAUUUUUUUAAUUCAAAUUUUUGAAAUAAUUAUUAAUUUUAGUUGUAAACGAGAGCAAUUAUUAAGUCUGUGGCGAUCUGACUCUGUGGUUUUGUUGACAGACCAACGCAGAGAUGUGGGCACUGUGGGCAGAGAUAAGCUGUCACCAGGACCAGAUUUGGGGGCGGGGCCGAUCACAGGCGAACCCCUAACAACAACAUUGCAGAAAAAAGUCCAUUAGUUGGUUCUCACGUGCGGGAUCCGGGUUUUCAGUCAAAUUUAAAACUAGGAAAAUUUUCUAAAAGAUCCGUUGCAUAUAAAUUAUCAUAAAAAAUGGCAUCAUAUGGACUGCACAAUCCGACCACGUGUAUAGUGUGUAUAGCAGAAGCAGAGGUACAUAAAUUUUGUAGAAAAGUCCAGGUUUUUGAAAUAUGUAUGUAUCAUUUCGUUCUAGUUACAAAUGAUUAUUAUAUUCCAUUAUUCACCAUUUUGCUAAUUCAUUGGAAUUUUGUUUUUUUUUCACAUAGAGGCUAGUUCCCAUUUGGAUACAGAAAAAUGGUUGCCCGGUUGCAAAGAAGCCAAAAAACUGCUCCAGGCAGCCCAAAAGGCUGCGCUCGAAGGUCUGCAACAUGGUGUCUCUGCAGAAACUGGCCACGAGGAGCCUCAUUCUAAACCUGGACAAGAUUGGAAAAAGCCCACGGUGCUUUGAAAGCCUAUCAAACGGAGUUAAGUCUGAUGUGGUCUUGAGGAUUCUGGAAAUAUUCAAAUUAUCAAGAAAUAAUCCAUUUUUCGAAAAUUAUCAAAUUCCAUACGACGAGAAAAUAUCUCAUGCUAUGAAGCUGUCAACGUAUGGCCCUCGGUGGCCGAAAUUUGAGAUUCCUCUACAUUUCAGCGUCCUCAAGCGCCUCAUCAACCCCUCUCUGUCAGCGUUUGAAUUUGAAAUCUGCGGCGGUGAAAGGUUUUUCUAGGCCCAGGGAUUGGAUUUACAAGUUUUGCAGUUGCUAAUUGCCAGAACGCCUGACGGCAUGAUGAGCAUUGUCGACCGGCGGCGCGAUUCACCACAUGACCACCCACCUCCAUGUUCAGGCAGCAGUGUCAUUAAUUGUGUCAUUAAAUUAACAGUGUCAUUAAAUUGGUGAAAUUCACUAACUUGAAGCACCUUGACAUGAGCACCGUCCACUUCAGUGAUGGGAAAUGGAAACUACAAAAUGAGCUUUUUCUUUGGCGCUGAGAGAAAUAGUACGCCGCAUCCCUUGGAGUCUCAUCAUGGUUGUGGGCUUCAGAUUGUCAAAUAAAUAAAACAAAACAAUUGCUUCCAAACCUCUCCAGGGCGCCGAAGAAGAAGAAGACUCGUACUGAAGGUUCUAUUUCCCUGAAACACUCCAAAAAUGUAUCUUUUGUUUCUUUUAUUUGAAAUCACGUAUCCUUCAAACUCAUUGCUUCAAUUCAAGAUCGAUCUAUUUUAAAGCUCAAAUUAUUCAAAUUUUGCAGAUGACCUGGAGAGGCUGAGCAAAAGUUGUCCCAAUUUGAAAAGUGUAAACCUGUUUAAUUUAAAGUCUCUGAGCAUCGACGGACUUGGAUUUUUAAGCACCCUCCCUCACCUGGAGACAAUUCACCUUGGCUGGCAAUACUGCUCAAAAUCUAGGGAGACGCGAGCUAGUGCUAAGAAUGCACUGAAAAUCAUUCCUCACUUAAAGGAAAUCUCUCAAGAAGAAUUCAAUGAGGAGGACUUUCUGACCAUUCCCAGUACACCUCAACCAACCUUUAGCCUGGAGGUACUCAAAAUGAAUGCAACUGGCUCUGUUGAAAACCUUGCUGCUUGCGUGCCAAAUUUGAAAUGGGUGCAACUUUUGCUCAAGUAUCUUAUUCCUCCGGAAGUGCUCAGCCAGCUGCCCUACCUUUCUUCUUUUGCAAUGAACUGCAGCGAUGAACGAGAAUGGCCUCUUGUCUUCAACUACCUGACGGUCCUCGGCCCAAGACUAACUCGGCUUGAAGUGGUGGAUUGUAUGUAUGCAGGUGAAAACCUGUACACGAUCCUGUUGCUCUGCCCCAACCUUGAGUACUUGAAUGUGGAAGACCCACUUGGAAGUACAGUCCAGUGUGCUGCAAAAUCCAUCGACUUCAAAAAGCUCAAGCUCAGGGAGCUCCACCUUGUAAGCCUUGAAGUUCCACUCUCACGGCACCAAGCCUAUUGGCCCCUUCUGCAAGCCCCCGAGCUUCACACUGUCACGCUACAUAGAUUCUGUUUCACCUACCCUAAGAAAGUUGCAAAUAUUAAGGGGCCACUUUUGCAGAAUCUCGUUAACUUUGAGUGCAGCUUUUCAAAAUUUGCUUCACCUGCAGCCUUUGACCAUUACAUCCAGUUCUGUAUUUGCAUUUCGCAUCUUGCAGAAUUGCCCCAAGUUGGAAAGGUUCUUGUUCAUUUCUGACAAAAAGGAAGUCUUGAACAUUUGGCCUGAUGCCCCCUGUCACAUUACCAUCAAGAAUUUGUAAACUCUGUGUUGGUUGUGAUUCUGCCUCUCAAAUUCCUAUGGCUGCUCUCUGAUUUCACUUUCUUUGAAGUUUAAAAAAAUGUCAGGUGUAAAGCAUUUCAUUACAAACAUUUAAAAUUAUUAAAAUACUUUCAUCCAGUUUGCUGCAUUCUUGUUUUGUUUAGCCUUCUGAUGAAAUUAUAACUUUUUGCGUCAAAAAAAAUAUGUAUUAUAAUCCAGUUUUCUUCGUUUCCCUCGCUAAUGGCUUUUCCUGUAAUUAUGAUUUAUUCAUAAUAUUUCUUUGCUUCUAAUUUAAUGAUUUUGUUCUUGGGCUGAAUUUUAUUCAUGAAUUCACUGUUAAAAGCUCUUUGAAGUUAUACUGAUCACUUCCGAAAUGGUCAACUCUUCAGCAAAGACUCAGAAGAAACAUUGAAGUGAUAUUUGUAUUAAAUAAAAAUUCGCUGUUAUGUAGCGCUCCCUUCAGGUGGCGUUUGCAACACAAAAUCAUAUAUGUUUCAUGAAAAAUAAUUGAAAUUAAUGAAAAAAAAAAUAAAUGAUCUAAUUAAUAAAAUGUUAAAUUACGUUUUUUUACUGUACAGAAAACGCAGCCGAAAGUAUAAAGUUGAUUCUAUUCGAAACGACAAACUUUUUGCGUACGAAAUAAUUAUCAUAAAAGGAGCAGAGCGAAAGAGCGCCGGAGUGAGAGAUCAAUGAGAUCAUGACUGUGAUAUUUUAAUAUCAACAUUUGUAAAUUCGGUAAAUUCAAUAAAUUGUGACUUUUGCACAUUGUUCGUAGAUAAUUGCAAUGGACUAACGAAAGAAAAUUUAAUAACCUCUACAUCAAAAGAGCAAAUUAUUAACCAUUAAUUUAUAUUUCG